AUGGAGGCCACUUAUCUCCGAUGUUUUGUUCAUGCAUGUCCUACCAAGUGGUCUAAUUGGUUGUCCUUGGCUGAAUUUUGGUACAACACAUCAUUCCAUUCUUCAUUAAACAAGACACCAUUUUAUGUCCUGUAUGGUCAUGAGCCACGCCAACUGGGAAUAGAUGUGGAAAAUUGUGCUGUUGAUGACUUGGAUGAGUGGCUUAAGGACAGAUCUCUCAUGCAACAGCUGCUACAGCAACAUUUGCUCAGAGCACAAAAGAAGAUGAAAACUCAAGCAGAUAAGAAACGUUCUGACAGAUCAUUUGCUGUGGGAGAUUGUGUUUAUCUGGAGCUACAACCUUACGUUCAGUCAUUCGUUGCUCUCAGGUCAUCCAACAAACUUUGUUUCCGUUAUUUCGGCCCUUACCUGAUCAUAGCCAAGAUUGGUGCAACAGCAUAUACUCUAAAGCUCCCCGAUGAGUCCAUAAUCCAUCCAACCUUCCACGUAUCACAGCUAAAGAAAGCCGUACCUCCUAAUCACUCGGUAUGUUCAGAGUUACAUGUUCUUUCUUACAGCCUUCAGGUACCUUUGGAGAUUCUGGAUCGUCGUUUGCAUCUUCAUCACGACAAGACUCAGCCCCAAGUUCUCGUCCGCUGGUCUCGUACACCUCUGGAGCUAUCCACAUGGGAAGAUGAAGACGCCCUUCGCCAGCAGUUCCCUCGAGCACCAGCUUGGGGUCAAGCCAUCUUUCAAGGGCAGAGGAAUGUCACCAGAGCACCUGUCCCUCCCGCGAAGAAGGAUGAAGACGUCGGUGCUAUUUAG